AAGGGGAGUUUUGAGUUUGCCGUGGGGCGAUGGCGGCGGCGAUGGAGGACUACUCGCUCAUGUGGGCUCCUUCCACCGUCGACCAGCUUCGUGACAACCUCAUGCGUCUAGAGCAGAGGUGGAAGGCGAUGCGCCAACGGCAAACCAAGAAUCGCCCUGUGAGUGUGUCGCCAGCAAUGCGCCCGCCGUCCCCGCUCCAUCGCUCAUACUCCGAAGUUCACGUUGACUCAAAUGCCUACGCAACUCCCCCAUCCAGCAAAACACUCACCACGCGGUCGUCGUCUCCGGACCUCAUCGCACCGUCGUCCGCGUCGGAUGAUCAUCCGCCGUCUUCGUACUCGACGCCUUACAAAUCCCGAGGAAGUUACGAUCCGUACGACUCCCCCGUGAGCGUGUCCAGCUCGAGCUACCGUCCAAUGUCGGGCACGUCGCGUCUCCCCAUGGCACCUGCCCGUCGAGUUGCAGCCUUGACGCGUGAAAACGUGUCACGGCUCGCGCAGUACCCCCAUCAUCCUAUCGAUCUCGGCGGCGAUGGGGGGUCCGUGUGCAGUUCGAUGUCUGGUCGAAGUCGCAUGUCUGUCAAAACAGACGGCGGCGCGGUUUUCUCCCGCCUUUACCAGCCGAACCACCUUCAAGCACGCGACUUGCGUAUGGCCAUGCAUAAGGAGCGCCAGCAGCACGCCACAUGCCCAUUCAUGCCCACGACGAACGUAUAUCGGAACCGCACGCCGUCGGUCGCGUCCCGCGAUUCGUUUUGCAGUGGGAGUAGCUGCACCAGCGCCCGAACGGACAUCACGCAGGGGCUGUCCGCGUCCAGCCGCCUGUACGACCCAGACUACAUUCGAAAGCGCCACGCCAAGCUGGAGAAGUUGCGGCAGGAACGAGAGCUGCGCGAGUGUACGUUUACCCCAGCGGUCAACAAAAAUGCAAACGAGCGGCUGCUGAAUCAACGCGACAGCCCGUCGGGGACCGGGAGGACCUCCCCGGCAGCGUCCUCUACACCACGCGGUGGCAGUUCCCGCCGACUAAAAUGAUUUAUACCUUUUUACGUUCUC